UGUCAGGUGAAGCUCCAUCAGUUAUUCAUCAGCCACGAGCAAGCAAGGAUCGAGUCCUUCGAGAGAGAAAGAAAAGAGGAAGGCACUCUGUGUUAUUCUCUCAUCAUUUACUCGUGACAAUUUGCACCACUGUGAACGAUUUUAAUUUCGCUUAUUUUUUUUACCUUCAUCCCUUGUAAUCAUCGUCAUUGAGAACUUUCGUUCGCGAAGAAAACGGUCAGAAAGAAGAAUAAUACACUGUGAAGUAUUUUUCAGGCGCAUGAAACGCGCUCAUCUGCUCAUCGAUAAUCAGUGCUCGAAUUUGCGACAGACACUAUGCUGUUUAAAAAUAUCAUUCAGUUUUCGCGAUCUGUCACCAGGAACGUCCACAGGAACUACCAAGUCUCCGCUAAUCCUCUCUGCAAGGCGAACAGGGAGGAUGCCAGGCUGAACAAGGAAGACAUAAAAUCGCCACGGAUUCUUAUAACAGGCGGCCUCGGACAAUUGGGCACGGAGUGCGCAAAAAUGCUACGACGGCAUUACGGCAACGAGAACGUCAUACUGUCCGACAUCAUCAAGCCGACGGAGGAGAGCCUGUCAUACGGGCCUUUCAUCUUCGCCGACAUCCUCGACUUCAAGGGCCUGCAAAAAAUCGUCGUGGACUACAGAAUCGACUGGCUCAUCCACUUCAGCGCUCUGCUAAGCGCCGUCGGCGAACAGAACGUACCGUUGGCCGUCAGAGUUAAUAUCGAAGGUAUGCACAAUGUCAUCGAGCUGGCGAAGCAGUACAAGCUGAAGAUUUUCAUUCCUUCCACAAUCGGCGCAUUCGGCCCGGACUCGCCGAGGAACCCCACGCCGAACGUCACGGUGCAACGACCGCGCACCAUCUACGGCGUCAGCAAAGUGCACGCGGAGCUUUUAGGGGAAUAUUAUCACCAUCGAUUCGGCCUCGACUUCCGAUGCCUUCGAUUCCCCGGAGUAAUCAGUAGUGACCCACCUGGCGGUGGCACAACCGAUUAUGCCGUAGCGGUGUUCCACGAAGGACUGUUAAAUAAAAGAUACGAGUGCUACUUGGAGCCCAAUACCAGGCUACCAAUGAUGUACAUCGAGGACUGUCUGUCAGCGCUCUUGCAAUUUCUUAACACGCCUAACGAGCUAUUGCAAAGGCGGGUGUACAAUGUCACAGCCAUGAGCUUCACGCCUGAGGAGCUGUUCAACGAAGUUCUCAAGUAUAUUCCGGACUUGAAGAUCUCUUACAAGCCAGACGCGCGACAACACAUCGCCGAGGACUGGCCGCAGGUCUUCGACGACAGUGAGGCGCGACGGGACUGGGGCUGGCAACACAAGUACAACUUGGAGAGGCUGGUGGAAUCGAUGGUGCGGGAUGUCAACGUGAAUCAUCUGCCGAAAUUAAGACAGUUGAAACAGAUCAACCGCUAGUAUCAUUGUACAAUCAGCAUUGUAAGCGUGUACUUACAAAUAACAAAUGCAAUAUUUAUUUCACAUUA